UCUCCCAGGGCGCUGUUGUACCUUUCCGGGGAGGGGGGAGCGACGCGAGCUGCAUCUAGCCUGGCUGCAUGUAUGUUACUUGGGGCACCCCCCCCUUAGCUGCCAGUGGGGCUUUCCAGCCGGCCAGGAGAGCCGCAGAGGGCCCAGUCGCUGCCGCGUCUGCAAAAGUUGCUCAGCAGAAACAUAAUGGAUACAGCAAGCCACAGCCUGAUGCUUCUGCAGCAGCUGAACAUGCAACGGGAGUUUGGCUUUCUCUGUGACUGCACAGUUGCGAUUGGAGAUGUCUACUUCAAAGCUCACCGAGCUGUCCUGGCUGCCUUCUCAAACUAUUUUAAGAUGAUAUUCAUUCAUCAGACAAGCAGCGAAUGCAUAAAGAUUCAGCCAACAGAUAUCCAACCCGACAUAUUCAGCUACUUGCUACAUAUAAUGUACACUGGGAAAGGACCGAAACAAACAGUCAAUCACACCCGGCUGGAGGAAGGCAUCCGUUUCCUGCACGCUGACUACCUUUCCCACAUGGCAAUUGAAAUGAAUCAGAUGCUUUCUGCAGAGUCUGUGCAGUCUUCAAACCUGUAUGGGAUUCAGAUCUCCACCACGCACAAGUCUGUCAAGGAAAGCCUGCAGACAAAAGAAAGUUUAACAAGUCUUGGGAACAGAGCUGCCAGCCAGAGCGACCAUCCCCACCUUCAGCUCUCUCUAGCUAUUGGGCUCGACGACAGCUCUUUGGACCAGCAGAUUUCUCAUCCUUCUGCCCAGGCAGCUGUGAAGCCGGCAGAGGAGCUUGCCAACCCUCCCAUGACUGUAAAACAGGAGAAGGCUGACCCAGAACCAGUGGUGUCUCAGAGCCACACCUCAUCCUCCCCAGAUGUCAGUAGUCCAGCCUUUUCUAAAACGAAUCUCAAGGUCCAUUUAUGUCAGUACUGCGGGGAGCACUUUGAAUCCCGAAACAAUUUGCGUGAACACCUGUUUACACAUGUAUCGGGAUCACUGCCGUUUGGAGUCCCGGCCUCGAUCCUGGAAAGCAACAACCUUUGCCAGCUGCAACCCCUUAAUGAAAACCGCAAAGCUGUUGAAAGUCGCCGGCUUGGUUCCUUCGUUCGGGAAGAGGACGAGCGCCAUUCGGAACAUCCCACGCACAGCAACUUGGAGCCUUUGCCGAUUGGCCAGCUGUCUCUGGUUUCCAAGGACUCUGAGCCUGUAGAGUUAAACUGCAACUUUUCUUUUUCGCGGAAAAGAAAGAUUAGCUGCACAGUCUGCGGUCACAAGUUUCUCCGAAAGAGCCAGCUGCUUGAACAUAUGUACACACACAAAAGCAAACACUUCAAAUUUGGCCGAUGCCAGAGGUUUGGCAACCCUGUGGCCUCUACAUUUCAGCCACAUGGCAACAGUUGGACUCAGGGGAAAAGUGACACCCUCUCGCAAGUUCAUGUGGAUUCACAAAAUCUCUUGGAUCCUGACCUCUCACAAGAGAAUAUUGGCACCAUACUGGUUGAAUAGCUUUUUGAAUAUUGACACCAUACUGGUUGAAUAACCUUUCCCCGCUGUAUUGUGUGUUUUAGCUUGUGAAUACAUGUGUUCAUCAGUAUGUCUCUUUCAUUACUGCUGACGGUGGGUUGUCUUUUUCUUCUGAAAUAUGAAAAGUCCUGUUCUAGGUUACCUCAUGGGCUUGGUUGCAUGGCUGCUUCUCACGCUAUGCAAUGAGGGAGACCAUAUGGGAGGGGCAUACGGCCCACCCAUACAUCAGCUACAGGAAGCAUUGCUGUGAAAUGCAAACUAAACAACAAAGUGCAUGGGGAGGGGCCAUAGCUUUGCAUGCAGAAGGCAGUAGGUCAGGAGUGGAAAACCUCUGGCCUAUGGGCUUAAUUAGGCCUGGCAUGGGUCCCAAUUUUCUCCUCAAGGCAAUUUCCCCCAAACUGCAUCCUAGUCCCCAACACACACAUGACAUCAGGUGUGGGGCAGAUAAGGAUGCUGCUCCAGGGGCACCGUUAGGACAGUGAGCUGUCGAGCUUUCUUUGCAAGCAGGGCUUAUUGCCAGUGCCAAUCAGACACUGGUAUUGUUAGCAAGCCCUGCUUUGUCCAUUUGCAGGUGCGGCUUGGAUCCAAACUGCACCUGCAAAUGGACUUCAAAGGGGUUCGUUGUAACCAAUCAGCUGAUCAGUGGUUAUAGCAAGUCCCUUUGAAGGUGCACUCUUGGUGCCAAUCAGCUGAUAGACACUGACAGAGUGCCUUCAAGGGGGGCCCUUUGGAACUUGUCACGGAUGUCAUAAUGGCAUAAGGUGAUUGACAGGUGAAUGGCCCCACCCAUCUAUCAAAGUUGGCCCAUGCAGGAGGAAACGACCCAGCUUGCCCUGGUCUAGCCUCGGACCCUGGCAUCUCCAGGUAGGAAGCCUGGGUAGCAGAACUGGGAAAGAUCGCUGUGUGAAACCAGGGCUGCCAGUCAAAAUGAGCAAUACUUGCUAGAUGGGCCACUGAUACUGUUCACUAUAAUAUAGCUUCAUAUGUUCCCAUCACAUGUUUUGUGCUCACCCAGGUGCUCCUGAAGAUGGCAUAUUCCCAGGUGUUUUCAGCCAUGGAGUUUAGGGGUACACCAGUGGAGCAUUUUGGUGCCCUUCUAAUCCAGCCCUCAGUUAAGUCUUACAAGUAUGUAAGUACCCGGCUAGAAAGAUGACAGAAAAAAUCCUCUAUUUUAGCUGUCUGAGUGCUUGGAAAAAAGAGGAAGGAUGUUCUGAGGCUCCCAAAGUGGAUUCCAUAAUUAAAAUUAGAUACAGUUAAAAAAUAUGAUUCCUACUGUUUUAAGUAUGGUACAGUGUUCAGCCAGUUAACUGGCUGGGUCAACUGAGUAAUAACUUACUGAUCAAUUAAAAAUACCUCCUUUAAUCAGGCAGUAACUUGUUUCCAAUAAAAGAACUUGUAAAAAAUCACACUUUUACAAGUGCCAUAUAAUACCUGUUCUGCAUCUGUGAGAAGUUAAUCUUUUAGUAUGGCAGAACCUGUGCUUCGGAACUCCCUGCCUGUUGAUGUCUUGCAAGCACCUUUAUACUGUUUUAGGAACCUGUUAAAAACUUUUGCAUUUGAGCAAGCCUAUCCAGACUUUUAAUUCCUUCAUGUACAUUUGUCUUUAUAUUCAGUUGAUGUUUAUCUGUAUUUUAUUCAUAAUUAUUGUACUGUUUUAU